AUGGUACAGCAAGGCGAGAACGUGAGCGAGGUCUACUAUGAGCUGAGCUGGUCCAUCCUCAGCACGAUCGGCAUUGCCAACGUCCUCUUUGGACUGAUGGUCGCCGGCAUAACGAGUUUCUCCCCCGUUUCAAUCGUUCCUAUCGUUACUUCGGCCGCGGGUGCCAUCGCCAACGGUCUCUGCUACUAUGCCUACUACGAUCUUUCGAAUCCUAUCAAGGGACAGGCAAUAGCCUCUGCGAUUGCGGAUGUGCUAUGGAUGGUCCAAGAAGCCGGACUCUCAUUCUACAGUUACAUCAUCCUGAGCCGAGUCCUUCGAAAUCGACAAUGGGUGAUCUUUGCGUGCCUAUUCUGGAUCAUGAUUGUUGCCAUCAUGGCCAUCCGCGUGGUCAUCGCUGCAGUCAGGGCACGGCGCAUCUUGAACGAGUCGACAGGAGAGCAAACCAUCAUCAACAACCUUCACAUGGGAUACUUUGUCCUGAUCGCCCUCCUCGAAUGUGUCAGCGCCUUCUUCCUCCUUCGAGUUUUCGGAUCGGCCAAGUCGACAUCACUGAAGGCGGCUAUUAAGGCUGGUCUGUUUCGGUAUUUGAUGAGAAGCACCGAGGUUCGGCUUGCGCUGCUGGCAGUGCUGGGUAUUAUGAGGGCCAUCACCUACUCUUUCCAAACGGCUUCUCAGAGUGCGACAGAUGUCGCGUCGCAGCUCGAUCGAUUCGCAUACGCCAUGGAAUGCAUGUUCCCAGUGAUGAUGCUGUAA